CCACUGGUUCAAGCGAUUUUCAGUGGCGAUCCAGAAGAGAUACGGAUGUUGAUCUACAAAACUGAGGAUGUCAAUGCCUUGGAUGCCGAGAAACGAACUCCACUUCAUGUCGCGUCAUUCCUGGGGGAUGCAGACAUCAUCGAGCUUCUCAUUUUGUCAGGCGCUCGUGUUAAUGCCAAGGACAAUAUGUGGCUGACUCCUCUCCAUCGAGCAGUUGCUUCAAGAAGUGAAGAAGCAGUGCAGGUGUUGAUUAAGCACUCAGCCGAUGUCAAUGCUCGGGACAAGAACUGGCAGACACCACUGCAUGUGGCGGCGGCAAACAAGGCAGUGAAGUGUGCGGAAGUCAUCAUCCCCAUGCUGAGCAGUGUCAACGUCUCUGACCGAGGGGGGCGGACGGCAUUGCACCAUGCAGCUCUGAAUGGCCACAUUGAAAUGGUGAACUUGCUAUUAGCCAAGGGGGCAAACAUCAAUGCUUUUGACAAAAAGGACAGGAGAGCUCUGCACUGGGCAGCAUACAUGGGUCACCUGGAAGUUGUUGCCUUACUGAUUAAUCAUGGUGCAGAAGUGACUUGUAAAGACAAGAAGGGUUACACCCCACUUCAUGCAGCUGCAUCCAAUGGGCAGAUUAACAUUGUGAAACACCUCCUUAACCUGGGGGUAGAGAUUGAUGAAAUGAACAUCUAUGGAAAUACUGCACUUCACAUUGCCUGUUACAAUGGUCAGGAUUCUGUUGUUAAUGAGCUGAUUGACUACGGUGCUAAUGUAAAUCAGCCUAAUAAUAACGGAUUCACACCCUUGCAUUUUGCUGCUGCCUCCACUCAUGGAGCACUGUGUCUUGAACUACUCGUGAAUAAUGGGGCAGAUGUUAACGUUCAGAGUAAGGAUGGGAAGAGCCCACUGCACAUGACAGCUGUCCAUGGGAGGUUCACGCGGUCACAGACCCUCAUUCAGAAUGGAGGGGAAAUCGACUGUGUUGAUAAGGAUGGUAACACUCCUCUGCACGUGGCUGCAAGAUACGGACAUGAGCUUUUGAUUAACACCCUCAUAACCAGCGGAGCUGAUACUGCUAAGUGUGGGAUCCACAACAUGUUCCCUUUACACUUAGCAGCGCUGAAUGCUCACUCAGACUGCUGUAGGAAAUUGUUGUCAUCGGGACAAAAGUAUAGCAUAGUGUCCUUGUUUAGUAAUGAGCACGUGCUGUCUGCAGGCUUUGAAAUAGACACCCCUGAUAGUUUUGGAAGAACGUGCCUCCACGCUGCCGCUGCAGGAGGUAAUGUUGAAUGUAUAAAACUCUUGCAAAGCAGUGGAGCAGAUUUUAAUAAGAAGGACAAAUGUGGGAGGACACCUUUGCACUAUGCAGCUGCAAAUUGUCAUUUCCACUGUAUUGAGGCACUGGUGACAACGGGAGCCAAUAUUAAUGAAACAGAUGACUGGGGACGCACCCCUUUGCACUAUGCUGCUGCUUCUGAUAUGGAUCGAAAAAAGAAUAUUUUAGGUAACUCCCAUGAAAAUGCUGAAGAACUUGAAAGAGCCAGUGAGAUGAAGGAAAAAGAAGCUGCAUUGUGUCUAGAGUUCCUUCUGCAGAACGAUGCUAAUCCAUCCAUCCAAGACAAAGAAGGGUACAGCACUGUGCAUUACGCUGCUGCAUAUGGGCACCGGCAGUGUUUGGAACUGCUUCUGGAAAAAACCAACAAUAUGUUUGAGGAAUCUGAUUCUGCAGCUACAAAAAGUCCUUUGCACUUAGCUGCCUAUAAUGGUCAUCAUCAAGCCUUGGAGGUACUUCUCCAGUCUCUGGUAGAUCUGGAUAUUAAGGACGAGAAGGGACGCACUGCUUUGGACCUGGCUGCGUUUAAAGGACAUGCAGAGUGUGUGGAAGCUCUCAUCAGCCAGGGUGCUUCUGUCACUGUAAAAGACAAUGUCACCAAAAGGACCCCCCUCCACGCUUCAGUCAUUAAUGGCCAUACACCCUGUUUACGGUUGUUGCUAGAAGUUGCAGAUAACCCUGAUGUGACAGACGCCAAAGGACAAACCCCACUAAUGCUUGCAGUGGCAUAUGGGCACAUCGAUGCUGUUUCUUUAUUACUUGAAAAAGAAGCAUCUGUAGAUGCAGCUGAUCUUCUGGGAUGCACAGCUUUACAUCGAGGGAUUAUGACUGGGCAUGAAGAAUGCGUUCAGAUGCUGUUAGAGAAAGAAGUAUCUAUUUUAUGUAAAGAUGCCAGAGGCAGAACACCUCUGCACUUUGCAGCAGCUCGGGGUCACGCCACUUGGCUGAGUGAAUUACUGCAGGUAGCACUUUCAGAAGAAGACUGCAGUUUGAAAGAUAAUCAAGGUUACACACCGCUGCACUGGGCUUGUUACAAUGGUCAUGAAAACUGCAUAGAGGUACUAUUGGAACAAAAAUUUUUCCGCACAUUCUAUGGUAAUAGCUUCUCUCCAUUGCACUGUGCUGUAAUCAAUGAUCAUGAAAAUUGUGCAUCGCUGCUCAUUGGAGCCAUUGAUGCCAGCAUUGUCAAUUGCAAAGAUGACAAAGGAAGAACGCCCCUUCACGCAGCAGCCUUCGGGGAUCACGUGGAGUGCCUCCAGCUCCUCCUGAGUCACAGCGCACAAGUGAACGCUGCGGAUCACGCAGGGAAAACACCUCUCAUGAUGGCAGCUCAAAACGGUCACAUAGGUGCUGUAGACUUUUUGGUGAACAUUGCCAAGGCUGACCUAACAUUAAAAGAUAAGGAGUUGAAUACAUCUUUGCACUUGGCUAGCAGUAAAGGUCAUGAAAAAUGUGCCUUGUUAAUACUUGACAAGAUACAAGAACAGAGCCUUAUUAAUGCAAAAAAUAAUGCAUUGCAGACACCUCUCCAUAUUGCUGCACGAAACGGCUUGAAGAUGGUGGUUGAAGAGUUGCUAGCCAAAGGGGCAUGUGUCCUAGCAGUAGAUGAAAAUGUUUCUAGGUCAAAUGGACCGCGACCCUCCUCUGCACCAGAUGUACAAAAGGAAGAAUGAACCUUUGUAAACAAAAACAAACAAACAAAAACUAAGCAAAAAGCUCUCAUGAACUAACCAGCUGUACCAAGAGGACCAAAAUGCUCCAGUAAUUAAAUGGAAGACUUUGCUACUUUUAUUUUUUCUUCAGAUGUGAGUGACAUAAUGAAGUACUUUUUCUAAACCAUGAAAAUAUAAACUUUUGAGGUAAUGAGUAGUCUUGAGUGAAUUUUACAUUUUAUGACACAGGUUUCAAGUUGACAUUUGUAACUGAUGACGUGUUGACCACAGGUCGUUGGGGUUUUUUAUCCAGACUAAAGAAUAUGUUCAUAUACUUUUAAUGUAAAUGUGUUUAUAUUUAUUUGAAAUGAAACAAAUGCCCAGGAAAAAUAACUAUGGCU